GAUUCGUAUGAAAAUUUUAGCGUAGGUCGAUUUACUUUUGGCACUGCUGUUAUUCAUACAAUUAAAUUACAAUCCUGUGUCAUCAACAGCUGACGCCAGUCCCAAAAUUAGUUUGUUUUCUGUGCGGUUGUUGUAUAUUUUAUCGGCAAGAAGAAUCGUAAAAUUAUUUAAAAUAUAAAUAAACAAAUUGUAAAUAUAAUGGCAACGUGCCUCUCAAAACAGCAACUAGAACAACAAAAGAUGUUGGAGCAACUUAAUGAGAGCGAUAAUGACGAUGAUGAGGAGUUGGAAGAAGCAGCGAAAGAGGAGACUUUUUCAUUUUCCUGCAGCAGCGCUUGUUGGGUUUGUAACGGUUAUUAUGGACCUAAUUUUGAUGAGCCACUUUGCGGCACUUGUCACGCUUUUCUCUAUAAUACACAAUCCGCUGAAGAAGAGUUGGAGACUACGAUUUCAGAUGACGAGGACUCCGGCAAUGAUGAGCCGCCAUUUAAAGACAAACAAGAAGUAGACGAGGAUGAAGACGAUGACGAUGAUGAUGUCGACGACGUUGUGGAAGAUGAUGUGGACGAUGAGGAGGGUGUCGGCAUGUUAGAUGCAGUGGUGCGUAAUGCACCUGUCAACGCAGCUCAUGAAAUGCAGGUCGAUAACGUAGCACCGUUAGCCGCUGAUAAUGAACCGCGACGUUCGUUAGAACGCGAUGGGGAACGUGGAAAUAUGGUGUUGUUGCCGAUACAUCGUCCACGUCCGCUGGCGCCACGUUCUUUGCCUGAUUUUCUGGAAUUAUUGAGUGAAAGACGUGCAAAUGCAGGUGAAAUGGUGGCGCCGGUAGCAGCACCAAAUAAUAUAUUAAUGUUGCCUGUUGAAAUUAUGGUAAUAAUAUUCUCCUACCUGGACGACAUGUCCAUGUGGAAAGCGAGUGAAGUGUGUAAACAAUGGCGCAGCAUUUUAGAGCAGAACACAUCACAAAUGAUGUGGAUGCGCUACUUGAAAGAGCGCUGGCCACUCUUUCAGUGUAUUGUUGAUGUGCCGAAUUGGCUGAAAUUAUAUAGUGCAUUAAUGAAUUCGUGCUUCUGUCGCACAUGCUUGCUGCAGAUGGCUUUGAAGUCGCCACCACGUGCACGUCAAAAUGCGAUACGUAUGAAUUUCCUACGCAACGAUGCGCAUCAAUUGAAUAGUCACACAACAGAGGGUAUUGAUGCGAUACCGCUCGAUAAACAAAAUACAUAUUGGCAAGCGAGUAUUUUGGGUCCGGCUGGCAGUCCUUAUGAAGGUGGCAAGUUUUUUCUGUACAUAUUCUUUCCCGAACGUUAUCCGAUGAUACCACCCACUGUGCGCUUUCUAACAAAGAUUCUACAUCCUAAUGUGUCACGUCACGGUGACGUGGGCAUUGAUAUUUUUCAACAUAACUGGUCCCUAGCACUGAAUGUUUCCAAAAUUUUGUUAUCAGUGCAAAGUUUGCUCACAGAUCCAUAUACAGAGGUCUGCAUGGAACCGGAACUUGGCUACAUGUAUGAACACAAUCGCGCACGUUUUGAGAACUUGGCGCGCUCAUGGACUUGGAAGUAUGCCAUGUUUGAGUUGAUGCCGCCCUCUUAAGUGGGCGUACAAACGCAUACAUUCACAUUAUUCGAUUCUACCAAGCAUACCAAGUUAAUGUUUUGCUAGUUAUGAAGCAUUUAUGAAUUGUUUAAUUUUAUUUAUUUUGAGCACAAAGAAUUCCUUCAAUUAAGUUUAUUUAUUUAUUACAACAUAUGUACAUACCUACAUGUAUACAUAUGUUUUUUCUUUGGUUGUGCCGUAUAUCCGUAACUGGAUACAUGACAAAAAUAGUCUACAGUUAUACUGGAUUUUUACAAAUUGAUUUCAUAUAUAAAAUAUAUAUAAAAAAAUCUAUUUAUUUUCAGAAUUUCUCAUACUUAUUUGUUGUUACAUGAAUUCGCUAUAUAUUUGUUUUAUAGCAAACUAUUACUGACUCGAUUAAUUAAAUUAGCAAUAAAUACGCCUAGAAUUUUUACCAGCUAACAUCAAUCAAAACCACCACAUAACUUUUGCACACUGUAUUAAUAUUUAGUAAUGCAUAUAAACAUUAUAAUCCCCAAAAAUAUAACUAUAAGUAUUUAAUAAUGUAACGUAAAUUUGUAUGCACAUGUGUAAACUAUUGCUAUCAAUUUAUAAAAACUAUAUUUGUAAUGGAAAAAAAUAUAUGGUAUAUACAUACUUAUGUAUAUAAAUAUAUGUAUUUAAAAAGAAAAAGUAUUUCUAAGAUUGCUAAUAAAACCCUACAUAUGUAUGUAUGUAUGUUUUCUUAUUAGCAAGAAAUAAAAGUAGUGAUAUAGUUGUGAGACUUACAUAAGUACAUACAUGCAUAUAUACAGACAUAAAUAUUUAAUUCUAAAUAAACAUUAUUUUGUUCUAAAAA